AUGGUACGAGUAACUCCUCUUCUAAUGAUCGCGUUAAUCCUGCUAGGGAACAACGUACCCCCAACUUCGCAAGGAAUUGACUGGCGCAAAUUCUUCAAUCGAACUCUUCACAGUACCGCAACUCUUCAAGGUACAACAGUAAGAUCACCAGCACCAACUACUGCAAUGAAGCCUUCAACGAAGCCACCAGUAACAACACAUAAACCAGUUUCAACGGCAUCUGUAGCGAAGCCUUCAACCAAAGCUACAAAGAAGCGUAAAUGGACAAUGCCCGACUGGCUUCGAGAUCACACGAGUCAUAAGAUAUCUCCGCACACACCAAUACGUACUACGAAAAGAGCCGGGACACAAAAGCCACAUCCAAUUAGCACUAGAACCACCAGAAGGGCUACCACGAAAAAGCGGCAUCCACCAGGGGCUCAAACCACAGUAUCUGUAAGGAAGACCUCAGCGAAGCCGCGAGCAGCAACACAUAAACCUUCCUCUUCAGGAUCCGUGAAAAGUACUCCGACCAAAGCUACAAAGAAGCGUAAAUGGACAAUGCCUGACUGGCUUCGAGGUCACACGACUCACAAAAGUUCUGCGCGCACACCAGCUCGAACUACGAAGAGAGCCGGAACACAAAAGCCACAUCCAAUUAGCACUCGAACCACAGUACCUGUAAGGAAGACCUCAGCGAAGCCGCGAGCAACAACACAUAAACCUUCUUCUUCAGGAUCCGGGAGAAGCACUCCGACCAAAGCUACAAAGAAGCGUAAAUGGACAAUGCCUGACUGGCUUCGAGGUCACACGACUCACAAAAGUUCUGCGCGCACACCAGCUCGAACUACGAAGAGAGCCGGAACACAAAAGCCACAUCCAAUAAGCACUCGAACCACAGUACCUGUAAGGAAGACCUCAGCGAAGCCGCGAGCAACAACACAUAAACCUUCUUCUUCAGGAUCCGGGAGAAGCACUCCGACCAAAGCUACAAAGAAGCGUAAAUGGACAAUGCCUGACUGGCUUCGAGGUCACACGACUCACAAAAGUUCUGCGCGCACACCAGCUCGAACUACGAAGAGAGCCGGAACACAAAAGCCACAUCCAAUUAGCGCUCGAACCACCAGAAGGGCUACCACAAAAAAGCCACAUUCGCAAAGCACCCGAACCACAGUACCUGUAAGGAAGACCUCAGCGAAGCCGCGAGCAACAACACAUAAACCUUCCUUUUCAGGAUCCGUGAAAAGUACUCCGACCAAAACUACAAAGAAGCGUAAAUGGACAAUGCCUGACUGGCUUCGAGGUCACACGACUCACAAAAGUUCUGCGCGCACACCAGCUCGAACUACGAAGAGAGCCGGAACACAAAAGCCACAUCCAAUUAGCGCUCGAACCACCAGAAGGGCUACCACGAAAAAGCGGCAUCCACCAGGGGCUCAAACCACGGUAUCUGUAAGGAAGACCUCAGCGAAGCCGCGAGCAACAACACAUAAACCUUCCUUUUCAGGAUCCGGGAGAAGCACUCCGACCAAAACUACAAAGAAGCGUAAAUGGACAAUGCCUGACUGGCUUCGAGGUCACACGACUCACAAAAGUUCUGCGCGCACACCAGCUCGAACUACGAAGAGAGCCGGAACACAAAAGCCACAUCCAAUAAGCACUCGAACCACAGUACCUGUAAGGAAGACCUCAGCGAAGCCGCGAGCAACAACACAUAAACCUUCCUUUUCAGGAUCCGUGAAAAGUACUCCGACCAAAGCUACAAAGAAGCGUAAAUGGACAAUGCCUGACUGGCUUCGAGGUCACACGACUCACAAAAGUUCUGCGCGCACACCAGCUCGAACUACGAAGAGAGCCGGAACACAAAAGCCACAUCCAAUAAGCACUCGAACCACAGUACCUGUAAGGAAGACCUCAGCGAAGCCGCGAGCAACAACACAUAAACCUUCCUUUUCAGGAUCCGUGAAAAGUACUCCGACCAAAACUACAAAGAAGCGUAAAUGGACAAUGCCUGACUGGCUUCGAGGUCACACGACUCACAAAAGUUCUGCGCGCACACCAGCUCGAACUACGAAGAGAGCCGGAACACAAAAGCCACAUCCAAUAAGCACUCGAACCACAGUACCUGUAAGGAAGACCUCAGCGAAGCCGCGAGCAACAACACAUAAACCUUCUUCUUCAGGAUCCGUGAGAAGCACUCCGAACAAAACUACAAAGAAGCGUAAAUGGACAAUGCCUGACUGGCUUCGAGGUCACACGACUCACAAAAGAUCCGUGAAAAGUACUCCGACCAAAACUACAAAGAAGCGUAAAUGGACAAUGCCUGACUGGCUUCGAGGUCACACGACUCACAAAAGUUCUGCGCGCACACCAGCUCGAACUACGAAGAGAGCCGGAACACAAAAGCCACAUCCAAUUAGCGCUCGAACCACCAGAAGGGCUACCACGAAAAAGCGGCAUCCACCAGGGGCUCAAACCACGGUAUCUGCAAGGAAGACCUCAGCGAAGCCGCGAGCAACAACAAAUAAACCUUCUUCAGGAUCUGUGAGAAGCACUCCGACCAAAACUACAAAAAACAGAAGGCCUACCACAAAAAAGCCCCAUACACCAGGGGUUCUGACCACCAAAAGGCCUACCACAGGAAAGCCGUAUCCACCAGGAGCACAAACCACAGCACCUGCAAGAAAGACCUCAGCGAAGCCGAAAACAGAAAAGCCGGUCACACCAAAAAAGGUCACAAAAACUCGAGCUACGACGAAAGCUAAGACUCAAAAGCCGCCUCCACCGAAACCUCAAACAACGAAAAAAGCUAAAACGCAAAAGCCAGCGCCACCAAAACCUCGAACCACCAGAAGGCCUACCACGAAAAAGCCACAUUCGCAAAGCACCCGAACCACAGUCCCUGUAAGGAAGACCUCAGCGAAGCCGCGAGCAACAACACAUAAACCUUCUUCUUCAGGAUCUGUGAGAAGCACUCCGACCAAAACUACAAAGAACAAAAGGCCUACCACAAAAAAGCCCCAUACACCAGGGGCUCUGACCACCAAAAGGCCUACCACAGGAAAGCCGUAUCCACCAGGCGCUCAAACCACAGCACCUGCAAGGAAGACCUCAGCAAAGCCGCGAGCAACAACACAUAAACCUUCUUCAGGAUCUUUGAGAAGCACUCCGACCAAAACUACAAAAAACAGAAGGCCUACCACAAAAAAGCCCCAUACACCAGGGGUUCUGACCACCAAAAGGCCUACCACAGGAAAGCCGUAUCCACCAGGAGCACAAACCACAGCACCUGCAAGAAAGACCUCAGCAAAGCCGAAAACAGAAAAGCCGGUCACACCAAAAAAGGUCACAAAGGCUCGAGUUACGACGAAAGCUAAGACUCAAAAGCCGCCUCCACCGAAACCUCAAACAACGAAAAAAGCUAAAACGCAAAAGCCAGCGCCACCAAAGCCUCAACCAACGAAGAAAGCUAAAACGCAAAAGCCAGCGCCACCAAAGCCUCAACCAACGAAGAAAGCUAAAACGCAAAAGCCAGCGCCACCAAAGCCUCAACCAACGAAGAAAGCUAAAACGCAAAAGCCAGCGCCACCAAAGCCUCAACCAACGAAGAAAGCUAAAACGCAAAAGCCAGCGCCACCAAAGCCUCAACCAACGAAGAAAGCUAAAACGCAAAAGCCAGCGCCACCAAAACCUCGACCCACAAAGAAGGUCCAGCCAAAACCUCAACCACCUCCACCGCCAGGUCCGAAGAAGGAUUCUUGGCCAAAACCGAGCUGCAGAAACAAACGCCUAACCGACAAUGUGAGAGCACUUUUCCUGGAAAUGCACAACAACUUCAGGGGAAGUCUUGCCCAAGGACAGAAGGAAAAGAGCCAUGGGUGGGGCAUUGCUCCACCUGCUAGUCUUAUGUACAAAAUGAAAUAUAACUGUGAUCUGGAGUCGUAUUCUCAACAACAUGCCAGCUCCUGUAAUACAAACCCGCUGCCACUACACGCUCUCAACGGAUACAGGGAAAAUAUUUACGUGUUGCGUACAAUUAACACAAAUCCUAUGGAAGCCGCAAGACAUACAUUGCAAGCAUGGUGGAAAGAGCUUGCACAAUUUGGUAUGCGUUCGAAUAUGUUGUUUACAGCCGAUGAAUACAAACGUGGAACAAAUCACGUUUUGAAUUGGUCCAAGAUGGCCUGGUGGAAUAAUCGCUCUGUUGGCUGCGCAGUACACAAUUGUGGGAAAUUCUACUUCAUUGUUUGCACGUAUAGUGAAGGUGGUAACAAGGUUAAUGGGCAUGUCUACACAGUAGGAGCUACGUGUUCAAAAUGUCCAAAAGGACAAUGUGACAAACAAGCACUUUGUCAUUGGUAA